AUGGCCAAGAGCAGCUCCCUGAACGUCCGCGUCGUGGAGGGCCGGGCGCUGCCCGCCAAGGAUGUGUCUGGGAGCAGUGACCCCUACUGCAUAGUGAAAGUGGACGACGAAGUGGUGGCCAGGACAGCAACCAUCUGGCGGAGCCUGAGCCCCUUCUGGGGGGAGGAGUACACCGUGCACUUGCCCCUGGAUUUCCACCAUCUGGCCUUCUACGUGUUGGACGAGGACACGGUGGGGCACGAUGACAUCAUAGGCAAGAUCUCGCUGAGCAGGGAGGCCAUUACAGCGGACCCCCGAGGAAUUGACAGCUGGAUCAACUUGAGCCGCGUGGACCCAGAUGCAGAGGUGCAGGGUGAGAUCUGCCUGGCCGUGCAGAUGCUGGAGGACGUGCGGGGCUGUUGUCUUCGCUGUCACGUGCUCCAGGCUAGGGACCUGGCUCCCCGAGACAUCUCUGGCACAUCUGACCCAUUUGCGCGUGUGUUUUGGGGCAGCCAGAGCUUGGAGACUUCGACCAUCAAGAAGACUCGCUUCCCACACUGGGAUGAGGUGCUGGAGCUGCGGGAGAUGCCAGGUUCCCCAUCCCCUCUGCGAGUGGAACUCUGGGACUGGGACAUGGUUGGCAAGAAUGACUUCUUGGGAAUGGUGGAGUUCCCCCCACAGGUCCUGCAACACAACCCGCCCAAUGGCUGGUUCCGCCUCCAGCCCUUUCCCAGAGCAGAGAAGGAUUCUGGCGGCAGCUUGGGUGCUCUGAGGCUGAAGGUGCGUCUGACCGAGGACUGUGUCCUGCCCUCACAGCACUACCAGCCGCUCAGGGAGCUGCUCAUGGAGUCGGUGCUGGGGCCAGCAGAGGAGGAUGCUGCCAGCCCUUUGGCUGUCCUGGAGGAGUUGACCUCGGGGGACUGCCGCCAGGAGCUGGCCACCAAGCUGGUGAAGCUCUUUCUGGGCCAGGGCCUGACUGGACCCUUUCUAGACUAUCUCACCCGACGCGAGGUGGCACGGACCACUGACCCCAACACCCUCUUCCGUUCUAACUCCCUGGCGUCCAAGUCAAUGGAACAGUUUAUGAAGCUCGUGGGCAUGCCCUAUCUGCAUGAGGUCCUGAGGCCAGUGAUCAACCGCGUCUUCGAGGAGAGGAAGUACAUGGAGCUGGAUCCCUGCAAGAUGGACCUGGGCCGCACCCGGAGAAUCUCCUUCAAGGGUGCGCCCUCCGAGGAACAUGUGCGGGAGGCCAGCCUGGGGCUGCUGACGGGCUACCUGGGGCCUAUCGUGGACACCAUUGUAGGCUCCGUGGGGCGCUGCCCGCCCACCAUGCGCCUCGCCUUCAAGCAGCUGCGCCAGUGUGUAGAGGAGCGUUUUCCCCAGGCGGAGCAUGAGGACGUGAAGUACCUGGCCAUAAGCGGCUUUCUCUUCCUGCGAUUCUUCGCACCUGCCAUCCUCACCCCGAAGCUCUUUGACCUCCGGGACCAGCACGCAGAUCCCCAGACCAGCCGCUCACUGCUGCUGCUUGCCAAGGCUGUGCAGAGCAUCGGAAAUCUAGGCCAGCAGCUGGGCCAGGGCAAGGAGCUGUGGAUGGCCCCCCUACACCCCUUCCUGCUGCAGAGUAUUUCCAGGGUGAGAGACUUCCUGGACCAGCUGGUGGACGUGGAUGGGAAGGAGGAGGCUGGGGGCCCAGCCAGGGCCCUGGUCCCGCCUUCAGUGACCGUUCGAGAAGGCUACCUGCUCAAGCGCAAGGAGGAGCCGGCCGGCCUGGCCACACGCUUUGCCUUCAAGAAGCGCUACUUCCGGCUCAGCGGGGAGACGCUCUCCUACUCCAAGAGUCCUGAGUGGCAGAUGCGCUCCUCCAUCCCCGUGUCGCACAUCCGAGCCGUGGAGCGCGUGGAUGAGGGCGCCUUCCAGCUGCCGCACGUGAUGCAGGUGGUGACGCAGGACGGCGCAGGGGCGCUGCACACCACCUACCUCCAGUGCAAGAAUGUGAACGAGCUCAACCAAUGGGUGUCGGCCCUGCGCAAGGCCAGCGCCCCCAACCCGGACAAGCUGGCUUCCUGCCACCCCGGUGCCUUCCGCAGCGGGCACUGGACCUGCUGUCUCCAGGCCGAGCGCUCAGCUUCCGGCUGCAGCCGCACGCACUCAGCCGUCACCCUGGGGGACUGGAGUGACCCACUGGAUCCUGAUGCUGAGACCCAGAUGGUGUAUCGGCAGCUGCUUCUGGGGCGGGACCGGCUCAGGAUGAAAUUCCUGGAGGAUUCCAACAUGCAUACAUCUCUGGAGGCAGACCCAGAGCAGGGCUCCAGGGCGAUGGAAGGGGCCUGUACUGAUGCCGGGGCUCGGCAGAGGGAGGCAGCUGCCCACCUGCUGGAGGUGCUCGCAAACCUGGACCAAGCCCAUGAGGAGUUCCAGCAGCAGGAGCAGGGGAAAGUGGUUUGGGGCCCCCUGAGGCCCUGA